AUGUCGCUCACGCCGAACAACCCCAGGAUCAUGAGCCCUGCCUGGGGCAGUGGUCUCAAGCUCACCCCGUCACCCUCGCCCUAUCUUAAGAAUACCCCGCUGCGCUCCCCCGUAAAGUCUCACCGCAACGAAGCUUCUUUGGCCCUACGCCAGGUCAUCGGGACGUCGACCAGCUCCGCCAAUUCCUUCGACAGUCUCCCCAACGCGCGCUCCUUCGCCUUCUGCGCCGGCGCCGCUGCUGUCCUUGCGACAGUAGACGACGAACAGCAUGUCUCACAGCGCUUCUACCGCGCACGACCGACGGCGAAUCCCAUCAAUCCCUCCGCAUCUGUGUAUGGAGGCCCGUCCACCCCAACGCAAAACGAGAGUCGUAAUCGCACUGCUGCUGCCCUACGCGAGGCUGGCAUAGGCGCGUCUCCGUUGGCAUCGCCUGCCAAUGACUGGGGUGCUUCGCCAGGCGGGACAUCAUGGUCAGCAAGAGAGAGAAUAAAGGCUGCGACGUGUGUGGCAUUUAGUCCGGAUGGAAAAUUCCUCGCUGUUGGAGAGACGGGACACAAACCGCGCGUAUUGAUCUUCUCAACAGCAUUCGAUGCUCCUUCGGAAACCCCUCUGACCGCGCUCUCUGAGCAUACCUUUGGCGUCAGAUGCCUCGCGUUCUCGCCCGACGCGCAGUAUCUGGCAAGUUUAGGCUCUCCGAACGAUGGCUUCUUGUACGUCUGGAGCAUCAACUCGCGCACAGGAGCUGCCACUUUGUACGCCAGCAACAAGUGCACGAGCAACAUCAGUCGAAUAGCGUGGAUGGGAGGCAAUCUAGUCACUGUUGGAACCAGGCAUGUCAAGGUCUGGCGCAUGGAGGAGUCUAAUCCGGCAUCUCGAUUGUCCAAGAUCCGCCAAAGCGAUGUCUCGUUCCUAUCGAGUAGCAUACACAAGACAUUGCCGGGAAGGAACUGCAUACUGGAAAGUCUGCUGGAGGCCAACUUCACAAGUGUCGUUGCGGUUGCUCCUUCGAAGGCCGUCGUUGCGACGGACAAGGGACAGCUUUGCCUUAUCGACGACAGCGACGGUACUCAGCGUUUCUUCAAAAUCGCAGAAGCUGGUAUUGCAGUAACAUCAAUGACGAUGGACUCCAGAGGCCGGAUCCAUCUCGCUAGCAGCCAGGGAGGUCUCAAAACCCUCAACAUCAGCGACACUAUCGGCGUACUCACUCCACCCCCCUCACCACCUCCCAGAGUAGAGUCACCAACCGUCACCUUGACUACAGACUCAAACAAGAUCGAAGCGGUCGGCUCCCUGCUCGACUACCUCGUCACCGUUGAUUCUCAAAACUCAAUCCGCCUCUCCCAUCUAUGCUCCUCGGACGACGACACUAUCGUUGGCGAUGUUUUGCAGAAACUCCCAGCUCAUGGUGGCCCUGUGCUUGGCGUAGCCCCAUUAACAACAGCAAACUCCAUUGGCGCCUCCUUUUACACCUGGUCGACAGGUGGCACCGUGCUCUAUUGGAGCCAACAAGGUACCUACAAGGAAAUUCUGGAGGUCAACCUUGAGCAGAUAAGCGGUGCAGAUGAAAUUAAUGAGCUCAAAGCCGUCAAAUCAUCUUCCGAUGCGAGCCUACUUGUUACUGGUGACAAAUAUGGCGUGCUACGGAUCAUUGACCGCCAGACACGGUCAAGUGUUGUUGACAUGAAAGCCCACUCAAACGAAAUAACAGGCAUAGCCAUGUUCGAAAGCGAAGACAUAGCGUACAUCGCGAGUGGUGCAAGAGAUCGCCACAUACAGAUACUUCAGAAGAAAGGCGAGAAGUGGGAUCUCCUACAGACGCUUGACGAGCACGUAGGAGCAGUGACAGGAGUGCUGUUUUCCCGAAAUGGUGAAAAGCUGGUCUCCAUGAGCUCCGACCGCACCCUUGUUGUGCGCGAGCUCGUGUCCCGUCAAGAUGCUGAGCACAUGGAAAGAGCUUUUCUCAUCCUGCGAACCGUUGUUUUGAAAUCGUCCCCUGUAUCCAUGACCUGGGAUGCGGAUCGAGAUGACGUUAUCUUGGUCUCCACAAUCGAUCGCCAAGUACACAAAUACGAUUUACGGAAUGGCCAAUGCCUAAGCAGCUUCCGGGCUUCUGAUACUGAAGGAGGCGAUGCCGUCGUAUUGUCGUCCUUAGCACACAUCCCCCGUGCAUGGGGAUCGCCUCUCAUUGCUGGCGUGUCCAGCACCGAUAAGUCGAUCCGAGUUUACGAAGAAAGUGGAACUCUGGUGGCUCGUGAUUGGGGUCACACAGAAGGCGUAAGAGAUAUUACUUUGUUAAAGUUCGACGGCGCAUCAGAUGAUGAUAGCGGGGAAAGAUCAUUAGUGACCGUGGCGGCGGACGGUACUAUCUUUGUCUGGGGCCUUUUGCUUGCCCUUUCCCGGCAACACAUGUCGCAUUCGAUGGACCUGCUUGGCCCGAGUACACCAACGAACAAAGACUCUUUAGCGAGCAAGCCGCCACUUAGGCGCGUAUUCUCCCAAUCCGAGCUUGCGAGGUUCCAGCGCUCGGACGAUGACCAGACUACACCGACGGGUAACCGUUCUCCUAAGUUGCGCAAAAAGCUUUCGAAGUUCUCCUUGGCCUCGACCCCGAGACUAGAGCCAUCGCCAAUGGCCAACAUGCCAAAAGACCGUGGGACGGGAUCCGCACAUGGAACCAUGCGCAGGACGAAUCGCAACCGGUCGCCGUCUCCCCCAAGCCCUCGCCAUCCGCAAGUCGCGAAGCGUAGGUCAUCGGUCGACGUCCGACUCCGCGCAAAACAACCUCCUGCCACUGACUUUGGAAGCCUCGCGGCCUCGACGGAGAGUCUCUGUCGGACUUUGAGAGCGUACCGGAAGCGUCUUGCGAACAAUACUGAAAACCUUGGUGCGGACGUCGUGCGUGAAGUCGAACGAGAGCUUGCCUUGACUGCGCGCGCGGUAGGUGAAAAGGCGAAGUCAAAUAUCCCGUUGAACGAGACAACCAUACAAAAGCUGCUCGAUCAGUAUUCGGAGCGCUUGGUCAACAUUCUGGACGAGAAGAUCUCUGCCAGUGUAGCACUACACGCCAGGCAUAACAGCGAGAGUGGCCUGUCAGGAGGGCUCGCAUCACCCAUGUUGCCUCAAGAAGAAGACAGGCCAACAAGCAAGGCGGCCGAUAGAGGGAGGGAAGAAUCUGUCACAAGCACAGCUGAUUCACUGCCUGAUACAACGCCCGACCACGAAGUCGCAAACAGCUGGGGAGCAACCACAGCGCAGAGGCACGAGACGCCCACCAAACUGGGCACCUUGGUGCGGAUCUGCAGUCCGGACAAGCGGAUUGAGGCCAUGACCGAGAAGCGCCAAGGGUCCCCGUUCAGUCGACGUGUGUGGAGCCAGACAAAGGCACAGCCGUUCGUCCCCGCAGACCGGACGGCGAGGACCAGAGACGAUUGGCGCGAUGAUGGUAUCGUGUUGGUACUUCAUAAGGAGCUCCGCCCGGCAGCGUGGGCGUCGACUGAUCUCGUCUUCUACAUCCUCACAUCCUCCAUCUGCUGCGUGCAAGUGAGCCCCGUUGCCUGA